AUGACGCUGCAGGGGUCAGAGUGGGAUGCGGUGUGUCUGACCUGGAAACACACUAAAGACAGACCUGCACUGUACAUCAAUGGCAUACAGGUGGAGAUCAGGGCAGCUCACAUUUCAGAUUCUCCCUCCGUUCGCCGCAAACUGGCGCCCAACGGGACCCUCACUCUGGGUGCGUCUCACUCCCUGGUUAACGGGAAUAUCAACAUCAUUUCAAUCGGCCGUCUGCGGGGGAACUUAUCUCAGUUUAGGCUCUGGGGUCGAGAACAGGAAGUGACAUCACUGAUGUGCAUGGAGGGGGACCUGGUGAAGUGGGAAAGAGACAACUGGGAUAUGAAGAUGAUCUGUGCGCCGCUGUCUGAUCCCAGCCUGCAGUGUGAAUGGUCCUUUUACAAAGUGACUCUGAUGUUCGCCAUCAUCCGCUCAGAUGGGAACAAAACAGAGCUCUACAAAGCCAGAGACAUCGCACACAAAUGGCUCAGAAAGGUUCUGCCGACCGGCAUCUAUUUACCCAGAGUGUCUGUGUUUGAAGUACCCAGAUCCAGUACAGAGGAAGGACUUCUUAAAACUGCUCAUGUAGAUGGGGAGGUAUUCUGGGUUCCUUCUAAUGACAGGUUUCACUGCCUGGUUCACAUAAACGUCAUCCCUCCGUUGGACGUGGCGGCUGUGCAAGCUGAGAUGUACACAAACCUCAAGACGCCAUACUACGACCAGAGCGGUCAGCUGCAACUGCUGACUGAUUCGGACAGCAUCCAGACCACAGCUGUUGAAAGCUUCACUUCCACCACCAUGAGUCCUCCUGAUGAGGUGACGUCACCCUCUGCCGUUACAAACGUGUUGCCUAGUACCACAACCAGCAGCACCAGAACAAGUGCCUCUACCACAACCAGCUUCACAGCAGGUCCUUCAGGAGUCUCAGAGCUGUACUUUGAGGUGAGAGUGAACGUUUCCAUCACAGGAGAUUAUGAUCCAGAGCUGAUUCUGACCACAUGGCUCAACUCCAGUCUACCUGACGACAAGAUGCUGGUGCUUGACCUCCAGAUGCUCCCUGAAGACUACAGAGAGAGCUGUGUUUUCCAGGUGCAGGUCAUGAUGUCGCCGAUGGACACACAGGAAAUGGAGGAGCUGAUAAGGGUCCUGCUGCUGGUUCCUUAUGACAACGGAUCCAUCACAUUAGAAACCGAGGACAUACAGAUAAGCCGCAUAUUGAUAUUUAACUGCGAUGCACACUCCCACCUCACAAGGAAAGGCCUGUUUGAUUGGCCGACCACUUCAGGAGGAAGAAACGCCACUCAGCCGUGCCCGAAAAACCCUCGACGCUACGCCACACGACACUGUAAACUGAGUAUUAAGACCAACUGGAUGGCCCCAGAACUGGAGGAGUGCUCUUUGGUAGUGGAGACCAUCCCUGAUCUGGACCACGUCAAAGUCACAUCUGGUAACGCGCUGGACGUCAUCGACAUGAUCAUGAACUUACUGAAGAACCACUCCACACUCAGCUACAAAGAGCUGGCCACGGUCCUCGACAAGCUGGAGGACGUGGUCGACCUCAGCGUGGUCACUCCGAGCCUGGGCCAGGCUCUCAUCAACAUCAUCUCAGACAUCCUGGAGUCUGACAGCAACCUGCUGCCUUUCACCAACACGAUCCUAAAUAUCACAGAGGCAGUGGGAGAUAGGAUGGUGGGCUAUGACGGCUCCUCCACCCUGGUCGCUCCAGCUAUUGCUGUCACUGUGGUGGAUGUGUUACCGGGACAGUUCGGCAGUCUGACGUUUGGAGUGUCGUCUUACAGCGCAGGCAAAACACCACAGAUUUUCAUCAACAAGUAUCCUCUGAAUGGCACGGUGGCCUUCAUCUCCCUGCCCUCCGUCCUUCAGGACAGUUUCCCUGAGAGCAGCUUCAAUCAGAAUCCACCAAGGGUAACUUUCCAGUUCUUUGGAAUCCCAAUGCUCUUCAAGACCAGCCAGAAGGGGGCGACCCUCAACACGUUUGUGGUGUCAGCCAGUGUGACCAAUGCCAGCUCUCCAAUUAAAGACCUGGUUGAGGAUGUGAAAGUCACACUCCAACAUAUAGUACCCAAUAAACUUCACAAUGAAAUCCAGUGUGUGUUCUGGAACUUCAAUAAAAACAACGGACACGGAGGCUGGGAUGACUACGGCUGCCGAAAACACAACAGCAGCUCUGACUACACCACAUGCCUGUGUGAUCAUCUCACACACUUCGGAGUUCUUCUGGACCCCACCAGGACCCCAGUGGACGGGGCUCAUGAGCAGAUCCUGACUAUCAUCACUUAUUUCGGCUGUGGAGUCUCAUCGCUGUUCUUGGGGAUCACAGUUCUCACAUACACGGCUUUCGACAAGCUCCGUCGAGACUACCCGUCUCAGAUCCUCAUCAACCUCUCCCUGGCUCUGCUGGGUUUGAAUCUGGCGUUUCUGGUCAACUCCUGGCUCUCCUCCUGGGGUCUCUACGGCCUCUGUGUAUUCGCAGCAUCCACGAUGCACUACUUCCUCCUGGCGUCAUUCACCUGGAUGGGAUUAGAGGCCGUUAACAUGUACUUCGCUCUGGUUAAAGUCUUCAACGUCUACGUGCCGUCCUACAUCCUGAAGUUCUGUGCUCUUGGAUGGGGGAUUCCUCUGGUGAUCUGUGUCCUGGUGCUCAUCGUGAACAGAGAGGCGUAUGGCAGUCACCUCUACGGUGACGCUCAGUCCAGCCUGGAGCUACUGGACAGCUCUGACAGUUUCUGUUGGUUCCAGGACAAUGUGACCUUUUACGUGACCGUGGUUGCCUACGCCGCGCUCAUCUUUCUCUUCAACAUCGCGGUUUUUGUGGUGGUUCUGAUCCAGAUCCGCCACAUGCGAGCCAACAGCCCGGCUGGAACUCGGAGAGGACUGAUCCAUGACCUGAGGGGAGUGGCCAGUCUCACCUUGUUACUUGGACUAACAUGGACUGUUGGCUUCUUCACCUGGGGGCCAGCCAGACUCGUUCUGCUCUACCUUUUCUCUGGACUUAACUCCCUGCAAGGACUCUUCAUAUUCUUCUUCCACUGCCUGAUGAAGGAGAACGUCAGGAGGCAGUGGAGGAUUCAUCUGUGCUUCGGACGAUUCCGCCUCGAAGAGCACUCUGAGUGGAGCAACUCGGCCUCAGUGGGAGUCACGGCCAAACCCAGACCCAAUCCACCGCGGGCCUCUGUACCAUCAGUCCGCUCGGUCAAGUCCAGCUCCACAGACAGCACAUCGGCUUCCUCUGACUCCAGCCAGAGAGAGCUGUCCUGCAAGAGACCAGACCUCGGCUUUUUUGUGAAUUCCCUGGCUCUCCCUCGGGCCCACACCAACCCCUCAGGUACGGGAGCUCUGCCUCACCAGCGGGGGACACACCCGACACCUGGCUGGAGGAAUCACUUGCUCGGCUAGCGGGGACAAAGAUGGAGAACAUCAGGCAUGCAGGAGAUAGUCAUUUGCAAACACAGAUUCCUGAAACCGUCAUGAAAUGCUUAAAAACUCUCACAGCAGCAGCUGGAGCACAAACUGGUGUGGUUACUCUUUACAAGACAGAAAUAUGUAAUCAGUGCAGCGUAGCAUUCUACCAUGGAGCCCUGUCGUAUCCAGCUUUAUUAGAUUAUUUUAUAUCCAGUUGUAUUGUUUUUUUGUUUUAGCUAAAUAUUGAAAAAGAGCCUGCAAUUAUGAAGACAUGAGUAGUUGCAUCAGUUCCAAGGAGGAGUUGGUUGCCAAGCAACUGGUGAGUGGAGCCAUGGUGACAAUGAACCGUGGUACCACACAGUUUGCAUGAAAAAAUUGUAAUAAAAAUUUUAAAUUUAA